CCCUCUCUCUCUCUCUCUCUCUCUCUAACAAAAAACUAGAAACCCUUUCCCGUGAAAACAUUCACCGCAAACUCAAACAAACACUCAUCACUCUCAUUCACAAGUAGCCAAAAAAAAAUUAAAAAACAAAAACAUAAUUUUCACCCGGAUCACAUAGAUCACACAAUAAACCACACAUAGAUAUAGAUAUAUACCUUAAUUGAACCUACCCAAGUAACCUUAACGUUGUUGAUCAUCAUGGACUCAGCAUCAGAGGGUCCAUCAGCUGCUGUUACAACAACUACAACCACACCUAAACCGGAGGGAUCAUCACCGGCGCCACCGCCUCCACCGAGCCGUUACGAGUCACAGAAGCGGCGAGACUGGAACACGUUCUUACAGUACCUUCAAAACCACAAGCCGCCAUUGACGUUAGCACGGUGCAGUGGCGCGCACGUGAUCGAGUUCCUAAAGUACCUCGACCAGUUCGGGAAAACCAAGGUUCACGUAACCGGUUGUCCUUACUUUGGUCACCCGAACCCUCCGGCACCGUGCGCGUGUCCACUGAAGCAGGCGUGGGGCAGUCUUGACGCGCUGAUCGGGCGGCUCAGGGCGGCCUACGAGGAAAACGGCGGCCGCCCUGAGUCGAACCCGUUCGGCGCCAAAGCUGUUAGGAUUUAUCUCAGAGAAGUGAGGGAAAGCCAAUCCAAAGCCAGAGGUAUACCUUAUGAGAAGAAGAAGCGGAAGAGAGUGAGUAGUAGUGGUGGCAACGGCGGCGGUGCUAACAGCGGUGCAGUUUCUAUUGCUAGUGGUAGUGGCGGCGACGGUUGUGUUGGUGGUGUUGGUUCUAGUGCUAGUUUAACUUCUGCAACUGCUACAGAUAUUGUUACUACUACUACCACCGUAUAGUGAUUUUAAUUUUAAUAAUUUUUUAUUUAAUUCUUCCCAUUUUAAUUUUUAAGGAAAUUAAUUGUGAU